GGAUCAGUGAAGUUUACUCGCCCAAGAUAAAAUGAAACUAAAGAGCUACAAAAAUGGCUCUUCUUCUCUCUGUCCGAACACAUUGAAGAUUAGCCCGAGAUCUCUUCUCACUUUCUUACAGAUAAGCUCUAUUUAUAUUCUGUUCAACCAAAUUUAACCUGUACGCUGUUCAAUUUUGCCUUAAAUAGAGAAUCAGUCACCAAACUGUGACAGAAGUUUUGUAGUUUGAGUGUGCGUAUAGAUGCAACAUACCUUCAUGCACAUACAAUAACUUCGUAUACUUCAUAUUGUCUCCUUCUCCUUUAUUUCGUCUGGCCAUUUCAGUUUGAAAUUCGUUGAGCAAAAAUAACAGUAGGAAAAAGAAACAAAGUUAUUAUUGGCACAGCUAUUUAGUCCUGGUUAUUGUUCGAGCACUGCUCCUGUAGUUUAUUUGAUGUCGGUGGAGUCUUCUCUGGCCGAGUGGGCCAACACGUAUCCCGACGGGGGCUAUGGCUGGAUCAUAGUCCUCGGGGGCUUCAUGUGUAACUUCAUAGUGGACGGCACUUGCUACUCCUACGGACUGCUGCUGAAUGACUUCAAGAACGAGUUCGGAGCCAGCACCUUCCAGGCAGCCAUGGCCGGAUCACUCUGUCAGGGCUGCUACUUAAUUAUGGGUCCGGUGAGCAGUGCCCUGGAGAACCAAUAUGGCGCCAGGGGUAUCACAGUGUUGGGGUCCAUCAUGGCCUCAGUUGGCUUCAUCCUGUCCACCAUCGCACCCUCCAUCAACUACUUCAUCCUCUGCUGGGGAGUCAUCGGGGGGUGUGGCUUCGGUCUGGUGUACCUGCCCUCGAUAGUGGUGGCCAGUCACUGGUUCCAGGCCAAGAGAGGCACCGCCAUGGGCUUCAUAGUGUCCGGGUCAGGCGUGGGCGCCUCGGUCAUGUCCAAAGUGGUCGUGUUCCUCUUCUCACGCUACGAUUGGCGAGGCGUCGUCUGGAUCAUAGUGGGACUCAUUCUGAACAUGGUGGCCAUGGGCACACUGUUCCGACCAAUCAGAAGUGCCGAUUUCAGAGUGAUGAAGAAGGACGAGGACGAUGACUCCAUCCAUGUAGACCACACUCCCACCGUCCGCACUACUCACAUAGGCAACAGAGUAGGUAGUUACAACGACGACAUGCCAGGCACCUUCUACGGGGGAUCCCAAGGCAACAUGCUCCAGUACCCUGGGUCCCAGCACGUUCCAGACUCCGUCUCACCCUCGCCUCCGGUGACUAUGAACGGGUAUGGAGCUCAAGUGGGGUCCAUUUACGAAGUGAGCCAUCUGUGGGACACCCACGAGGAGUACUAUGGACAACAGAAUACGAAUCGUAGUCGGACCCAAAUUGCGCAGCCACAAGGCGGCGGUGGUGGCCGCUACAUUCGAACAGGAGUGCCUCGGGAAGGCAACACGAGACGCAGCACUUUCCGAAUUGACACUUUCCGAGCAUCCAAUCUUGACCUGCGGAACCGAGUGGUGAGCGAACGCAACUUGUCCCCGGGACGCUCGCGACACACAGUGUAUUCGAAUGACGGCUACUACUCCAUACCUGAUGUGACUCAGUAUGAAAGUGUGAAGAAUGGGGAGGGGGGAGACGAGGAGGAGGAUAAUUUAAAAGAUGCCGUACUGGGACCCCUGAAAGAGAUGCUGGACUUCUCCCUGUUGAAGAGAAAAAGUUUUUCUCUCCUUGUUUUUGCAACUGUCUGCACCAUGAUGGCCCUGUUCAUCCCCUUCGUCUACCUGGCCAGUUAUGCAGAACAGGAGGCGAAUGUGCUGCUUUCAGAAAGCUCCACCCUCAUGGUCAUCCUGGGUCUGAGCAACACCUUCGGCAGACUCCUAGCCGGCUUCCUCUCCGACAACCCCUGGGUGGACCCCCUCAUGAUGAACAAUGUGGCCCUGAUGAUAGCCGGCGCCUUCACCAUGUUCGUGCCCCUCUUCAAAAGCUACUACCUCCUCGUCGGAUAUGUCAUUGUGUUCGGCUGUGGCGUAG